AUGCCGUUUCUGAUUGGCGCGCGCCAUGGGACACGCCAAAUUGGCAUGGCCUUGUGCAAGUACGCCGACCUUGGUGUCGACGCCGUCGUCCUCACGGCCGACGGCUCGUGCGGCGACGGCGCCAUCAUGUGCGUCGUCGACAGCAGCUGCGCGGUGCGUCAUGAGGUAGCAGCCAAUACGACACGCUUCAAUCUACGGUCGGGCUGGCGCCUCGGUGACCUCUCGCGCUACCCCCACCCGCAACUAGAGCUUGUGGACUUGGAUAUUGACUUGUCGCUUCACCGGUACCAGCAGCUGCCGUCGGAGCUUGAAGAAUUAUCGUUUACGAGCAGCAUCCUGGCGUCCGAGACAACGACGACUGCAAUGGAUGGCCUCGAGAUGCCCCGAGGACUCCGGCGCAUCGAUCUCAGCGGGGUCUCUGAGCUCUUCAAUUUCAACGCGACGCCUCACACCCUGCGCUACUUCUCGUGCAAGGACUGUGAUCUCACAGUCUUUUCGAUGCAACCGCCGGCUUUGACCGCAUUGAGCUUGUUGGCACCAGCAUCCAAUGACAGCGCUGGGUACCGCGUCCGUAGUCUGCACCAAGAUGCCGACUACUGCCGCGUCUAUCAAGACAUGCCAUACAUCGCGGACACCAACAACCGAGUCUACACGGACCUUGCCAUCGGCGCCGUAGCCCUCUUAAUCAUUGCCGUUGGGAUAUACUACCACGGGAAGCGCGUCGCCAAGACGGACCGCGCCGCCGCCGACGACUACCUCAUCUCGUCGCUGACGUCCAACGAGCUCGAGACGCUCCAGAUGCUGCAGCUGGACGCGUCCAGCCUCGUCGUGUCCGAUGCCAAGCCGAUCGCGUCCGGCGCGUUUGGCGACGUCUGGCGCGCCACGUACCUCGCCACCAACGCCACCGUGGUCAUCAAGCGCACCAAAGACCGCCGACCCGAAGCCAUCCACGCCUUCAUCCAAGAAAUCCUCCUGCUCGCCAAAGCCCGUACAUUGUGA